AUGCGUGGACCCAACUUACCUGGCAGGACCUUCAAGGGAGGAUUUCUGACAGCACCGCAUUUGGGGACGCCAUCGCGUCUGAUCGUGUUGGAGGACGCUACCCCUGAUCCUAGCUCCAUAUCGAUCAUUAAAAUCGAUGACUCUGUGUGUCAGGAUCCGCCAGCCGGCGUCAAAGCACUUUCAGAGACCGAGCAGGCCAACCACCCUGCCUGCUCGACGCAGAUUACAGCCUGA